UGAAAAUAAAUAAAUAAAUAAGUGAUGCAAUGAACCAUUUAUGUCUGCUAUUAUGUCCGUAUAAAAAAAAUUAACCAGACAGCUGUAACUUAACAAACACAAGUUAACGAAGAUAGCAAGAUCGUGUGUUGUUGUUUGAUCACUGCACAUCUGAUCGCAAUAUUGUUAGCGUUGAAAUAUCGUAUCUGACGCAUUUACCCUCGGGAGCAAAGUAAAAAAAGGAAAUACCGUAACCGUCUCAAAUCCAACGGUGUCGUUUUUAAGUCUACGUAAGACUACUUUGUUAGUGAAACACAAGUGUAAUUGCUUGGGACGGACGGAAGCUUCUGUAAUUUCCUUUUUUGUUGGGGUCUCCCCACUCGACGCUCUAUAUAAACUAUCUGGAGCUCUCUCCAUUGCUUUCCAUAUUCUGAUCUAUCGUUGAUUUCCAAAACCGAGAGUGAAACCCUAGCUUGUUCUUUUACAUUCUCUAAGAAAGAUCAAUGGAGAAGCACCUGACGAAGGUUGCAACGGAGGAGAUGUCUGAUCUUCGUCGUUUGUGUUCCAUAGCAAUCAAAUCUGCUAAUUCACAGACCAUCGAUGGUGUGGAUCGAUGUUUUGAUAUCCUUGGUUACUUGAAGAAACUGAGUUUCUCCGCCAAGGAUCUUGUCCGUGUGUCUAAAGAGAUAUCUCCUUUGGCGAGUCUGAAAGAUCAUAGAAACCCUAAAAUUAGUAUGGAAGCUAAAGCCUUGUUCCUCUCCUGGAUGAGAACUCUUUAUUCCAGAGACUCUUCUACUUGCAACAACAACACGAAGCUUGUUAAGAAGACACCUUCAGCAGAUCGUGUAGCCAAAGUGUGUCCAGAUUUGAAGAAGAGAAACAUUAAGAGGUCUGUGACCACUCGUGGUAUCGUGGCAGUGGGUAAGAAACAAAUAGAAGAUCAGAGAUCUAGGGUUCAUGAAGUGUGCCACAAGAAACAACAGAACUUGAACAAGGCUGCUUGUGAUCACAAGUCUUUGGUAGUGAAGAAGCCUAUACUGGAGAAGAGGCUACCAAUGAAACUCUCUGGAAACCCUAGACCGUUGGCUCAUGAAGCGGUAGAGAUUAAAAAGCAAAAGUAUGUUGCAACCGUGAAGAAGAACUCAAGAGAGAUGUUGGAGCUGUUUGAAAUAGCUGAGAAAUCUGCAGAUAAGGCUAGUGCAAAGGGAAUUCUCCUGUCUACAAAAGAGACAUCGAUCUGCGUAGACACACUCUCUUUGCUCAUCGACUUCACCAUCAGCUCAACGGCUCCGGAAACGAAUAGGAUCAUGAAGAAGCUUUCCUAUCUUACAAAGCACAAAGACCGCAAAAUCUGCAAGGCUGCAACAACACUUCUUCAACAUUGGAGGCAGAGCAUCAAUGAUCAGCAACAGAGAGAUGCUCUUAAAACUCAAGGCUAGUAGUGACGAGGGAAGGAAACUAGUGGACAAAGUCGGUUACGUUGUUUAUUCUUUUGGUAUAGUGUAGUCGCUACUUUAAAUU